AUGGGCCUCAGCCCAGGGCAGACCUCAGUGUCCUUCCUGUGGCCGCUGCCAGAGGUGCGUGACCACAACACAGGGAGGGGACUCAUCCCCAUCAUUGUGCUGACGCCUGGGCCUCCAGAGACCCACCUUGAACUCCCCCAGGCCUUCCUGGGUUCCAGACGGGCCGGCCACGGGCGUGACGCAGCGCCAUCUAGCGGACAGCAGGGCCGCAGCGUGGACAGAACGGCCAGACGCCCAGUCCUGGGCUGGCGGCUGAGGCACAGCCUCACAGGGCAAGAGGGCAUGCAACACCUGCAUCUUUCUGGCAUAAGAACCUCAAGAAAACCAAAGGAAUAUACGACUGUGUUCUUUGGAGCCACAGAAAGCUCUGUUCACGUGGCAGUCGCUGAAAGAUUAAGGGAGCCACCCCCCAGCCCCAGCCCCAGCCACAGCAUGGCUCCCUGGUGGUCUCGGGAGCAGGUGAACGCGGAGGUCCCGUUGUCGGUGCAGACCCUGCUCUCUCCCCCUAGAGCCUGCAGCAUCGUGCUGCUGGUGAGAAAGACAGCGGCACCAUCACACGCGAGAGGCAGCUGUCUGUCGAGAGCCUGCUUGGGCUCCCAGGCUCCCUCGUCGUCUGACUCCCCCACGUGGGGAGGGGGCGAUGACCUUUCAUGUCGAGGAAGUUGA